CCAUAGCAACCCCUUAACCCGGCUUCCGGUGGGCGUGGCCUCGCCGUUACCACAGCGACAGCCAAUCAGCGCCCGGCCCCGCCCCGACCAAUCGCGUCUCUCCCGUCGCGCUCUCCACCAAUAGGAACCGAGGGGCGGGGUCAGCGCCGACCAAUCAGGAGCGGGGGGAAGGCUGUGGGCUCCGCCGCCAUCUUGAGCGCCGCGUCCGAGGCCGCCGCUGUUGUCGCUCUGCUCCCGUCGCCGCUCCGGGCGUGCGUGACGUCAGGGGGGAGCCCCCCCCUCCCCCUCCCCCCCCGUUCCAAGAUGGAGGCCGCGGGGUCGGACCCGACGGACGCGAUGACGUCAGACGACUUCGAUAUCGUCAUCGAGGCCAUGCUGGAGGCGCCGUAUAAGAAGGAGGAGGCCCAACCCGGCCCCUCCAAGGCGGAGCCUCCAGCAGCGCAGCAGGCACCGGAGGAGAGCAGCAAAGAGGCCAAGAAGGAGACUGGGAGCAGCAGCAGCCGGAAGAAGAGGAGCAGGAGCCGGAGCCGGAGCCGUGAGCACAGACACAGCCGCAGCCGUGACCGCGACCGCCGGCGCCGCAGCCGCAGCCGUGAGCGCCGGAGCCGACACCGGAGCCGCGAGCGCAGGAGGGGGAGCAGGUCCCGGAGCCGCGAGCGGCGCCGAGAGGAGAGGGCAAGGCGCCGCUUCGGGCACAGCAAGAGCCCUCUGUACCGGGAGAAGAGCCCUGUGCGGGAGGCUGUGGGCAGCCUGAGCCCCGAGGAGCGCGAUGCUCGCACCGUGUUCUGUAUGCAGCUGGCUGCUCGCAUCCGACCCCGAGACCUGGAGGACUUCUUCUCUGCUGUUGGCAAGGUCCGUGACGUCCGCAUCAUCUCGGACCGCAACUCCCGGCGCUCCAAGGGCAUUGCCUAUGUGGAGUUCUGUGACAUCCAAUCCGUGCCCUUGGCCAUCGGCCUGACCGGCCAGCGCCUGCUGGGGGUGCCCAUCAUCGUGCAGGCAUCGCAGGCUGAGAAGAACCGCUUGGCUGCUCUGGCCUCCAGCCUCCAGAAGGGCUCUGGGGGCCCCAUGAGGCUGUUUGUGGGGUCCCUGCACUGCAACAUCACCAAGGAGAUGCUCAGGGGCAUCUUCGAGCCCUUCGGCAAGAUCGAGAGCAUUGUCCUCAUGCGGGACCCAGACACCGGCCAGUCCAAGGGCUAUGGGUUCAUCACGUUCUCAGAGGCCGAGUGCGCUCGCCGGGCACUGGAGCAGCUCAAUGGGUUUGAACUGGCCGGACGCCCCAUGCGUGUGGGGCAGCUCCAUGAGGGUCCUGACUUGGGGGGCGCCCCAGAGGCCACCGAGGACCCAGAGCUUAUGGGGCCCAGCGCCAGGCUGCAGCUCAUGGCCAAGCUGGCUGAGGGUUCGGGGCUGCAGUUGCCCAGCUCAGCUCAGGCUGCUCUGCAGCUCAAUGGGGCCCUGCCCCUGGGGGCCCUUAACCCUGCGGCGCUCACUGCCCUGAGCCCGGCGCUGAACUUGGCCUCGCAGACGUUGGCGUCUCAGUGUCUGACACUGUCAGGGCUCUUCUCCCCACAGACCAUGUGA